CUUCAGUUUGACAUUCGAGUAUCAUCAACCUUGUGCAGGCAGUGUCCCCUUCUCUGUGUGUGUCCAGCCAGUCAUGUGUGUGCAUCGAUUACAUGUCUCUGCCGACCCCUCAGACACGCAAGGCAUGCAAGCUGGUGUGUGUGGCGGCAAUCAGUGAGUGCAGUGACACCCAUUCAAUAUCCCCUCCGCCUGAAUGGCUGUGCGUCGAGGAAGACCAUUGGCAGCCUAGCAGCACGACCAAAAAUACACCAUAGCCAUCGACCAAAGCGUCCCAAGCGAGUGAGUGAGCUCAGUAGGGCUUCCCUGUGUGGAGCAGACAUGACACACAAUGAGUUUGCUUUCACAUGGUGGCUAUACGCAGCUCUCCUUCCGCUCACCGAUCAGAGGCUGCAUGAGCCAUCUCUGCUCAGCCAUGUAGCGAGGGUAAUGUCCCUGGUACCCCACGACCCCCAGCCUGGGUCCGGACGUCUUGCUCGCUUUGCGUCCUCUGCCUGCCACCGGUUUGGCGCCCCCGCUGCCCUCCUGCAGCCCCAGGAUGCCCUUGGCUGUCUGUGUGAUGGGAGGGAAGGGCGGGGGCGGCUGGCCCUUGCCCAACAGCUGCAUGUGCUUCUCGACGGACUGACGGCUGGCCUUCUGCUGUAGGUAUCGCUCACUGGCCAGCUGCUGGGCGACGUUGCGGGUGACUGAGAAGCGGCCGCCCAGUACACCUGGUUCAGACAGGCCCGGGAUGUGGCCUACACGAGAGACGAGAGACAGACAGACAGACAGACAAUGGGAAACAAGUCUCCGUGUGUCCAUCGACAGCCGCAAUGCGUACCUGUGUAUCCCGCAACUCCAGUAGACAGCCGUCCCACGCUCCUUCUCCGUCUCUCCGAGUCGGGCGGCAGCAGAGACGUCCCCUUGACCGCCAGCCUGUCCAAGGCAGCACUGCCCCCCUUGACACGCCGCUCAAGGACAAGUGCAGCCGCCUCCUUGGUCCGGACAAACGAACUCCCACAGAUGUUCUCGGAGGUGACGGCGGGCACGUGGCCUGCAUAUCCAGUGAUGGCGCCUUUCAUGAUCCUGUCGAGUUUGGGCAUGAAUGACGAUUCGGAAUUGGACUUGGCGAGCACCGUCCGCUCGUACUUGGAAAAUGGCUUCAUUAUCUGAGCUGACGGCAGUCCGGCCUUAUGGCUGGGUUCCAUCGAGGCCGCUGGUGCGGUAGACUCUUCGGGAGCAUUGGCAGGCGGCUGGGAGAAGUAGUGUGCGGUUGGAUCUUUGAUGUCUGGAAGGGCCUGGGCACCAUUGGUUGGCGGAGCCCGACACUCGGCAGCGGCUUUGGGUGAAUCGGAGGGCUCUUCCCCGGGCUGCAUUCUGGCGGACCAAUCAAGA